AUGCUGGUAGAACUAGGAAUCCAAUAUGUGGAAAUUUUAGGAGAUUCCAUGCUUGUCUUGAAACAGAUUGUUGGGGAAUACAAGUGCCUAAGUCCUUCUCUAGCUGUCUACUUGGUGGCAACUAGGAAUCUUCUAACAGAAUUCAGAGAAGCUACUUGGGAGCAUAUCCCGAGGGAAGAAAACUUUGCAGCCAAUGAAUUGGCUCAGAUAGGGAAGAAAAGCCUACCAUCUGUUCUGACCAGGGGGAUGGAAAUAGAUGUCAAUUCUGCCGUAAUCACUGAAGAUGAUUGGAGAAAUCCUAUCAUGACUUACUUACGAUAUCCAACCCUGCCCUCUGAGAAGAGAAUCAGAAUCAUGGCUUUGAACUACCUUAUGUGGAAUGAAGAUUUGGUCCGAAAGAGUAAGGAUGAGGUACUUUUAAGGUGCCUUGGAAAGAAAGAAUACAUGAAAGUCAUGGGGGAAACUCAUGAAGGAAUCUGUGGAGCUCAUCAAGGUGGAAGGAAAAUGUGCUGGUUGAUCAGAAGGUAUGGCUACUUCUGGCCAACCAUGAUGAAAGAUUGCAUUGACUAUUCCAAGGGAUGUGAGUCUUGUCAAAGGCAUGGCCCAAUCCAGCAGGCUCCUUCAGUUCCCAUGAAUCCAGUGGUAAAGCCUUGGCCCUUUAGAGGAUGGGCAAUGGAUCUCAUUGGCAAGAUCUAUCCAGCCAGCAGUCAGCAGCACUGUUUUAUCAUUGUUGCUACAGACUACUUCACUAAAUGGGUGGAAGCCGAGCCUAUUAAAUCCACUACACCUCAAGAGAUCAUCACUUUCAUAGAAGAACAGAUUAUAUAG